UGUGUGUGUCUUCGGUUCAAGUGAUCAUCAUAGUUUAAGCAUACUGUGAAAUUAGAAGCAUUUCUUAACUUGGUGUUCGCCUUCAAAAAGGUUCUCUUUUGCGGCUAACGUCAAUGUUAAUAAAACUGUAUUCAUUCGUUCUCUUAUUUUUCCAUUUGUGAAAAAUGACAUCGUAAAAUAUUAUUAUUAUAAUAUUAUCAUCAGUGGGAAUAAAAUAAUUCUAUACCGUUAGUGUCUCCCAUCCGUCGUCGCGUUUACAAAUACCGUUGAAGAUUUUGUCUAAUAGUAUCAUCAAAUCGUUAUACUUUCAUGCAAUGUUAGUAGUUUGCCGCUUUGCGCUCAAGACGUAUUACGUUAUUUUUUUAGUAGACGGCAUACCAAUGUUGUGAUUAUCGCAUUUUGUGAUAAAAAUUAACGACGAUUAACCACUCCGAGUAAUACCAUCGCAUCAUGUUCUGGACUAAUAAUUACGUAUCGUCGCCUCAUAUUGAAGCGUUGCUUAACAAAGAGAAUGUUACGUUGCACGAAUUAAUGGAUGAAGAGGACAUCUUACAAGAAUGUAAGAGUCAAAACAAAAAGUUAAUCGAAUACCUUGUAAGGCCUGAUGUAAUGGAAGAAUUAGUAAUGCUUACAACUAUGGAACCAUCUAUCGAUAUUGAAGAACGUUUGCGUUACAAAUAUCCUAAUGUUGCAUGUGAAUUACUUACUUGCGAUGUGCCAACGCUUAAUGAGAAAUUAGCAGGUGACAAAACACUUCUGAACAAAUUAUAUGCUUUUAUAGACACCGAUCAACCGUUAAAUCCCUUGUUAGCAUCGUUUUUCAGUAAAACAAUUGGUGUACUUGUUGCUCGUAAGAGUGAUCAGAACUGGUAUUCCUAUCAGUUCACAUGUUUACAGGUUAUAGAAUUUCUUCAAGGCCAACAAAAUUGUGUAGACUUACUCUUACAACAUUUAGAGACUUCCGCUAUUAUGGACUUAAUAUUAAAACUAGUAACGCAAGUUGAAGGAGGUCACCUGCGACAAAAUAUAUUAAAUUGGUUAGAUAGUCAACAGUUAGUACAAAGGUUGAUUAAAUUAUUGUCUCCUACGUCGGAGCCAACAAAACACGCAAAUGCUUCUCAAUUACUUUGUGACAUGGUAAUCGUAGCAAGAGAAAAUCAACGUACGUCAACAGAGCAAAUAAAACCAGGUCCUAUUUUAAAUACUUUAAAGUCAGAAGAAACUGUAAGUUUAUUAUUAGAGACAAUCUUGACAAAUGAAAAAUCAGAAAGCAGUAUUGUGGGUGGGAUUCAAGUGCUUCUUACCCUUCUGGGUCAAAAAGUAAACACUGCCUUAAAUGAAGUCGACGUUCAUGGAAAUGGUUCCAGCGAAGACAUGACAGAUGAUAACGAACAAUGUAUUAACAUUUCUAACGCUACUAUACCCUACUUGGAACAACUUCAUAAACUUCUUUUAGAUCCACCAGUUAAAGCUCCUGUAAAAACAACAGCUGGAAUUUUAGAUUGUCCAUUGGGCAAAACACGCUUGCAUGUCGCAAGAUUAUUAAUGGCCUUGUUAUCAACCGAAAAUAUAAAAAUUCAUGAAGCAUUGGCAGAUUUAGGAACAUUCCAAACUUUAUUGGAUCUAUUUUUUAAAUACACAUGGAACAAUUUCUUACACACACAAGUACAACAAUGCCUAGCUUUAGCUAUUAAUUGUGAUUAUCAAGAUAAUAAUAAUAUUUAUAGCAAUAUAUUUGUUAAAUGCAGAUUGAUAGAACGUAUUUUGGAAGCUUGGGAAAAGAAUGAGAAUAAACAGAACAAAGAAAAUGGUGUUAGGCAAGGAUACAUGGGUCACUUAAUAAAUAUAGCGAAUAAUAUUGUACUACAAUGUGAAAAAAAUAAUGCGCUUGAUACUUUUGUGAAAACAAAUUUAUCAACCGAAUGUCUUAAUAAGUGGGAAAUACUUGUGAAUACGAAACUAGUGGAAAUCAACAAAACACGUGCAAUCUUCUUGAUUAGACCAACAGCUAAUAUGGCCAACUCUGAAGAUACUCCGGAUCGCUACUAUUUGAAAGAGAUGUACACCGACUAUCAGGGUCAACAAAUGACAUCCACUUUUAUUGAUAAUUUCGGAUUUCGUGAUAACCAAUUUGAUGCUGGGGAUGAUUCACUUCACUCCGCUGAUGAAAUAACAGCGUUGGCCUUUAAAAGGAUUAAUCUCGCCGACGAAGAAAUGGAUCCAAGAGCAGAUCUAUUUGAUAAGAUCUGUCAGCAAAAACAAAAAGCAGGGCUUGAGGAAUGUGGUGGUGGAGCUGAAUGGGCCGAUGAAGGUGACUUGACUUUCCAGACAGUAGUAGACAAACGAGAUUGGCACUCAAAACAACAUCAUGGAUCUAGUUCAUCCGAUGAAGACGAUGAAGAUCCUCGAGAUAUGCCCAUGGAAAUUGAUACUUCAGAUGUUUGGAAUUUUCCAGAACCAAUUCCAGCUAAUACAACAAUUCCCGAGGUAAACCCAUGGGAUGUUGUACCAUCAGAACCUCUUGAAUCUACUGGCUGGGCAAACUUUGAUAAUUUUGAAAGUACUUUAAGCAUAGAAAAUAAUAUUGCGGUAGAUAAUAAAACUUGCGAAACAGUUACAAAAGACAUUGUUGAUGCAGCAACAAGUUUGAUCGAGAAGGAGACAGCACUGGAAAACAAAUCUGUGGAAAAUAUUGGAGGUGGUGAUUCUAUAACUGUAGAUUUGGUUGAUAGUACAUCCCAUUUGUCAACAGAAGCCAAUCAAAACAGUAAAGCUAGUGAUGAUAGUAUAUAUUCUGUAUGUACCUCUGACAAGAAUGCCAAUCCAAGUGAAAGGACACCUGAAACCAGAGAGGACAGUAAGAAUGAGUAUGUGAAAAAUUCGAUCGAAAAUGAUAAAACAUUAACUGAAAACAAAAUUGUUUGCGCUGUACAAAGUACACCAUCAGAUACAACGUUAAUGUCUAAGGAUGCCAAAUGAAAUGUUAAGAUUUAUUAAAAAAAUAUGGCAAUAGGAAAAGAAAAUCAUAUCAGUAUGAAUUAUGUACGGAUGUCUAGAACAUCUUGUGUCUUUAUUUUCAUUAGAUCACAUGAAUUAUACUUUACAGCAUUGGCGCUGGGCACUAAUUACGGCAGGGUAUUGAUGCGGUUUGAAUAAUGGACUUUUCAACGCUCAAUUACAUUUAUCAAAUCUUUUGAUGUUAAUAAAUAUGUUCCCAGAUUGCCAAUGUACAAGUCAACUUUUGCAAGUGGAAUGUCCUAAGUUUUUUUUUUACAUAAGGACUACUAACAAACUUUCGAAAAUUGUUAUUUAUACGUAUUCGAUAUAAAUGCAAGUAGUUGAAAGGAUAUAUUCAACUAAUGCAGGUUUAUCUUGUAUUGUUUGACAUUUGCAUGCUGAGAUAGACGAAAUAUAUAAUUGUACAAAAAAGAGCUAACCAAAUUGAGGACAUUUGUGCCUUUACUUGGUUUACUCGAUAUCUGUUUUCACAGAACAAGUAUUAUGUAGCAUUAUGGACUAUAAUGUUUUAAGUAACUUGGAUAUGAGGCUCUUUAUGGAAAGUCAUUGUAACGAUAUAUUUCACAACAGGUGCUUUAGCUUCUACAUUCAACAAGGCAAAGGUACUUAGAUGCAGUGCCUACUUUUUGCUUGAGUGUAUGCCCAUGCAACGAUGCGAUGUAAAAAAAGAAAGAAAAAAAAAGUAAACAAAAACGGAAAAAAUCAUGUAUUUUUAUUACGUUCACGAUAAUAUUGAGUCAAAAUUUAUACGAUAUAAUAAUAUAGACAAAGUUUUCGAUCGAUCUGUUCUUAUUUGCAUUCCAAUACAAAAUUUCUAUAUAAGAUUAAUAAUAAUAAUAGUUAUUCAACAUGAUCUUCCAAAAAAAUAGUAUUAAAAAAACAAGCAGAAUUCAAUUUAAAAAAAGAUAAGUUUUUGAUCCAUUUAAAUUGUAAUAAUUUCUUAAAACAAAGAGUUCUGUGAAAUGUUUCUUGUGCAACACAACACUCUUCUGCCUUACAAGUGUCACUAUAGAAAUGUGUUUAUAGCACUGUACACGAGAUUCUGUACAUAAUUAAUUAAUAAAUGAAAAGCAUUGUU